AUCCCGGGGAAAGGCGCAGCAUCAGGAGCUGGUGAGGCUGGAGCUAAACUACAGAGAAAAAAUCAAGAUCACCAGGGAUCUGGGAGCAAACAGCAGAUCCGGAGCAAGGAUCCAGGGAGACAGGGAACAGGAGGCUAAGAAGACACAGAAUAAGGGCAGGAGCUUGUCUUGUAAAAAUGCACCGACAGCGCAGUAUGCUCAGGAUUUGCCUUGUGGCGUUCCUAUUGGUGGUAACGGUGUUUGGAACAGACAGUAUAAAGAAAGACAAACAAGAGAAAAAAGCUAAGAAAUCUGAUUGUGGGGAGUGGCAAUGGAGUGUCUGUGUCCCCACCAGUGGAGACUGUGGGAUGGGAACAAGAGAAGGGACUCGCACUGGAAAGGAAUGCAAGCAAACCAUAAAGACCCAGAAAUGCAAAAUCCCCUGCAACUGGAAGAAGCAAUUUGGAGCUGAGUGCAAGUACCAGUUUCAGGAGUGGGGUGAAUGUGAUCCUGAGACAGGAGUGAAGAUCAGAAAUGGAAGCCUUAAAAGGGCCCUGCACAAUGCAGAAUGCUCAAAAACCGUCACUUUGUCUAAGACAUGUGGAAAGACCACCAAACCCAAACCUCAAGAAUCCAAAAAGAAAAAAAAGGAAGGAAAAAAGCAAGAAAAGUUGAUGGAUUGAGCCAAACAGACUGAGAUUGUGAAGAGCACAUGACCUGGUGGCGUCUGCACUUGAGGGAUAGCUUAAAAAAAAAAAAUUCUACCUAGGCCUUCUUAACUGAUGUCCUAGCCUAGCUGUAGGAUAGCAGAAUGAGAACAUUUCUUUCGAUACGUUAGUAGGUUUGUUUGGUUAUGGGGUAAUAUUUUUUUAACUGUAACACUGUGUUAAGCAACAUUAAAGAAAAUGGUAUUUACAUUCAUUAGAUGUGUACAUAGCAAAAUGGAGUGUGUAAUAAACAUAGGGUUUCUGAAAAAAGGCUCUUUGGGAAGAAGAAGAUCUUGUAUAUAGCAUCUUCAUGUUACUGUAAUCAGUCCACAGUGAUUAAGGAAACCACACUAGAUUCAAUACCAAAUAUGCUUUGAAAAUUAUUUAGAUCAGACACCCAGGGGAAAAAAAUGCGUAAGCUAUUUUAUUUUUAUCGUAGGGUAAUUCCAAGAAUUUGUAUGGAUGCCUUAAUCUUUUCCAAGUGUAAUUGGGUUCCAUUCUCUUUUUUAGUUAUUUUAAUAGUAACUUCUAACUAAAACGUUCUGCCACUGAUAUCCAUAUAGGAGUAUUUCAUAAAUACAUAUAUCAGCUCUAAAAAAAUGCACAUUGAACCCUCCUAAAUGGUUUUCUUUUGUCUUCUUAAAUAGUGUGUGUUUUAAGAAACAGCAUAACAAUAAUAAUAUAUAUAAUUCUACUGUUAAAGCAACAUUGUACUCAAAUAUUUCCCAUCCUCCAAGGAAGAGAUGCAUUGAAAUAGGUUGAAACAAUGUUUUUGCCUGAAAUUAAUGUGCAAAUUCUAAUUGGCUGAUAGAUACAAGGAGCAUUUGUACCUGUCAGCCAAUAAGCAUUAUUAGGAAGUACAGAACGGAUACUGCUGUAUUAGUUUCAAAAUAAAUUUAAUUAGAGCUUUCAGGCAAAAAAAAUUAAAAAAAUAUAUACUCAAAUAAUACGCUUGCAAUGAAUGACAUUUUUUUUAGUACAAUGUCCUCUUAAUUAUGGUAAACAGCAGUGUUUCUGAACUCCAGCUGCCAAGUACCAGUAACAGGCCAGAAUGAAAGGUUUUCCCUAUCUGAACAUGGGAGUCAAUCAGAACGAUCAAUCUACUGAAUAGCCCUACAAGGGAAUUUCUACAAAUCUGGUUUGUAAGAGGUACUUGAGAACUCAAGAUGAGAAACAAAGAAUGUUAAAACCCGAUGGAAGGUCGUAUUAUUUUUCAAUGGUUCAUGAAAGUGCUGAGUGACUCUGCGUGAAAAUUCCAUUUCAUCAAGGUGCAAUUAUGUUCCCGUUUGAUACAUUUCUCCCUAAGAGAACUUGAUCUUACUGAUUCAGCUGUAAAAUGAACAAAUAUAGAAUAAUAUUAUACUAAACAACGACUGCGUCCUAACAUUGUAAAGGUGUUGUUUAUCCAGAGUUGUCAGUGUAUAAUCAACUUGCUUAGUGGAAUAAAUACAUUAAAUAAACUAAUAAAGAAAACAA